GUAUAACUGUCCUUGGGUUGUACGCCAGCGAUAAGCUGGACGAUCUGUUUGUCCGGGUUACGCUGGUCGGCUUGUGUAAAACCUUGUCAGCCUAAGCCUGGUUGUAGCAGUCAUCUACCCUCUAUCAUCGUUCCCGCUAUCAUCGCCACAAUGAGCGCCAGAUCCAUCACAAAAGACACAUUUGGGAAGACCAAUGACGGCCAAGAUGUGCAUAGGUUCACGUUCGUCAACAAGAACAACGUCACUAUUCGAGUUCUAGAUUACGGCUGUAUCAUCACCGAAAUACUUGUCCCGGACAGGAAUGGGGAGGUCAAGGAUGUCAGUCUCGGCUUCGAUGACAUGGAAGGUUACCUGACACGGUCUCCCUACUUUGGAGCUGUUUGUGGUCGGGUGGCGAACCGAAUAGCGGGUGGCAAGUUCUCACUUGACGGUCAAGAAUUCCAACUUCCACUCAACGAUGUUCCCAACUCUUGCUUUCUUCACGGAGGUGUCAAUGGAUUCGACAAGGUUCUUUGGGACACAACUGUGGAUGGCGAUCGCCUGGUGUUGCGUUACGUCAGUGCUGAUAAAGAAGAGGGCUUUCCAGGGGAAGUAACCACGACCGUAUCUUACCGACUGUCCGACGACAAUGUCUUUUCCAUCGAGUACACCGCCACGACAACGAAAGCCACCCCUAUCAACCUCACGAGCCACGCCUACUUCAACCUCGCUGGUCAGGGGGCAGAAAAUAUGGAUGGUCACGUGAUACAGAUACUCGCAGACAAUUAUACUCCUAUGAACAAGCACUACAUCCCUACGGGUGAGGUGGCCACAGUGGCGGGAACACCGAUAGAUUUUCGGAAGCCUGUGUCUCUCAUUGAGAAGAUGAAGGAGCUUGAUCGCGGACAUGGUUUUAACCUCAGCUUUGGUGUUGUGGGGAACAGCAAGCUGAAGUUUGUCGCCAGAUUAGAGCAUGCCCCAUCAGGGCGCGUCAUGGACGUCUGUACUACAGAACCAGGCCUCCAGUGCUACACGUCCAAGGAACUAAACCCUACUCUAGGAAAAGGUGGUGUCACCUAUCAACCAUUUUCCGCGGUUUGUUUGGAGGCCCAACGCUAUCCCGACAGCGUCAAUCACAGUAACUUCCCUAAUUCCAUACUGAGACCCGGUGAGCUAUAUCAACAGACAACCACGUACAAAUUUGGAGUAACAGAUUGACAUCGUGUGCAUCAGUGAACGGAAGAGAAAUGUUUGGGAACCAGAUUUUCUGACCACGUAUUUGCGGGCAUCAGUACGACGUAACCAGAAUAUACACGACACAAGUCUGGGAUGACCGACUGACCCCGACUAAACACUAUUUAAUAUAUUCUCUUGCUUAACAAAUGUACCAUGUAUUAUAUCAUAUGUCCUGUACAAUUUUGUAUGUAUUUAAUUUAUAUGUUUAUGAGAAUAAAAUCAUUGUCUUUGUCAUUGUCACAAGUGACAACAAACCAAACUGAAA